GGCCAUUCUGUCUGCUCCGACCUGCUCUUGCCUUUUUCUCCAUCCAAUCGAUCAGCCAUCUCAUUCACUGCAACUAUACCUUCACUUUAAAGGCAUCUGCUGGCCAGAUUCCCGAUUUCACAGCAUUUUACUUCCAUAAGCCUCACGCUACCCAUCACCCAUCUGACCUUUCGCUUUCAAGAUGAAGUUCGCCACUGCACUUCCAGUCCUUGCUGUUCUCGUCGCUGCCGGCUCGGCCGUCGCAUCGCCCGGACACUUUCUGUAUGGCCGCGACGUCGCGUCGGUCGAAUCUGCGACCGGCUACUCCAUCGACAGGCUUGCUCGAAGGGGAGGAGCAUUCUCCAAGUGCUGCGGUGGUGGACGCGGAGGAAGCGGAGGAGGACAGUCUGGAACGGAGAUGCCCAACAUUCCCAACAGCAGGCCUCCUUCGUACGCCAGCAACGCCCCCUCUUACCAGAGCGCUGGAGAUCCUCCAGCAUAUGGAGCAGCUACGCAGCAUAUUGCGGGCGGAGCAGGGUCUCAACGCACCAGCACCGACUCUUUCCUCAACAACAAUCAGCAAGGCCAAUGGGGCGCCAACUAAGCAGUGGAGCAGCUAUUGCUAUCAAUUCAAUGACCCACUGCUGUACAGUAGCUCCCUUAAAUAGACCACUUCUAUCGAUCGCC